UUAUUUAAAAAUAGUCAAUACAAUGUCAAGAUUGUACCAUUUUGUUAAUUUUCUUGGUGGUCUUGACUCUUGCCAGUCUUGGCGAACUGGCCCAGGCCCCGGUAUUGCAAAUCCAGUUUGUGCUCUAAAUUUGCACAGGCCAGGCUGUCUGACUACGAAACCUCUACCGAGGAAGCACAGUAGUCACUGAGUCAGUACGGCUGCGAGCACCCACCAAUCGUACCGGUGCGAGCGAGGAGCAACAGAACUGUCAUACAUCUACUCUGUUUGGAAUCGGUCGCUGUUGAUAAUCAGUGUGCGAAGAGCGUUGCAAGCAAGACGUUCUAGUGUUUCAUGGUGUUCUGGUCGCCGACACGCACGUCGUCAGUCAGCUGGCUAGCGUAGCGGUAGCACUAGCACUAGCAGGACAUCGUCAGACAGCAGCAUCUGCUACCUGCUGUAUGUAACGCAGUCCCUGCUAAGUAGCUGCUGCUCGAGUACUACAAGUAACAGUUGGGCCGAUUGGGGGAUUGGGGCCUCUGCGAAUGUUCUCUGGUGCGGCAGUGUUGCUGGCAGAUCAAGAUGCGUGACAGGCUUGCUGACUUACAACGAGCGGUUCCGGGCGCAGUGCCAGAAGAGGCUGGGCCCCAUGGCGGUGGAUACUUUGAGGAGUACCCCAGUGAUUUCUCUGUCGUCUUUGAUGAGGUGGAAGGUAUCCGCUCACAGAUCACUGAGCUAAGUGCCGAAGUUAACCAGGCACACCAGCUACACAACACGCUACUCAGCGCAGCACAGCCAGACCAAGAACACAAGAUGUCGUUGGAGAGACUGACGGAUAGCAUCAAGAAGCGGUCAAAGACCAUUCAGAACAAGCUAAAAGCCAUGGAAAUGAGCCUAGACAAGGAUGGGGUCAAUCGGUCCUCUGCCGACUAUCGGAUUCAAAAGGCACAGCAUGCAUCCCUGACGCGUACAUUCGUGGACACAAUCUCCGAGUAUCAUCAGAUACAGAACCAGUACCGGGACCGCUGCAAAGAUCGGAUCCAGCGCCAGUUGGAGAUAACAGGCAACGACAAGUCACCAGAAGAAGUGGAAGACAUGCUGGAGAACGGUGAUCCAGGUAUAUUCACACAAGGUAUUCUAAUGGAGACUGCGCAGGCCAAGAUGGCGUACAAUGAAAUACAGGAGCGACACAAUGCCAUUCUGUCCCUGGAGACGAGCAUCAUAGAGCUUCACUCCAUGUUCCAAGACAUGGCGAUACUAGUUGAAAGACAGGGGGAGAUGAUCGAUCGUAUAGAGUUUAAUGUUGACAAUACUACCGAAUACACGCACCAGGCAGUGGAGAAGCUACGGCAAGCGCGCGAACUACAGCGCAAGACCCAAUGUUGCUGCUGUCUGAAGUGCUGCAAGUGCUGCACCAUCCUGUAACCCAUGUCGUGUUGGCACACUGCGCUCCACGGCCGCCUUAGCUAAAUGAACUCGUGAAUUAACAAUCAGCGGCUGCAUGCUCUCCGGCGGUUAACUUUCAUCAUUCUCGUAGCGUGCAAGUGCAUGAUGGCGGCAGGCAUGUUCAGUAGCUCGCUCAACAACUGGCCGCUGCUCACUGCCAAUGGUGGCCGGUCAGUGAACAUUUGACUUAUCAAUGUUAUCCCGUAUAUUGCAUUCGCAAAUGCUGGAGGUGAAUUUUCACGUAUCUGCACUAGUGGUACUGUAAAUGUCCACUCAGUUCGAAUCUUUGAAAUUGCAAGCAAAUAUUUCUAGCCAAAAUUCAAAUCCUUGUUCUUACUAACCUCGUUAAUAUUCAAUUUUGAUCUUGGGUAAUUUACUAAUUUUAAUGGUUGACCUUUUUUUCUUCUAGGUUCGCUCUCUGUGAUGGUAUUUCAAUGUACGCUAGGUGUGUGGGCAGGCUGGACGUGCUACGCAUCUGUGCGCCUGCUUCCCAUUAUCUUUGAAAAUACUGACCAUUGUCACGAACACUGA